GUGAAAGUAUAAAUAAAAAAAAACAAUCAAUGAAAAUGGAUAUGGUGGCAGAUUUGGGGGCGAGUAGACACUAUCGGGCGCCGGGUGAAUCGAGCCACCAGCAGCCUCAGAGGUGGUUCAACACGGCGGACAUCACAGUUUCUCACCAAAGCAACCUGCUGAAGCAGCUCAACCAGCAGCGCCACCAGGAGCUCUUCUGUGACUGCAGUGUUCUGGUGGAGGGCCAGCUCUUCAGGGCACACCGAAAUGUUUUGUUCGCCAGCAGCGGAUACUUCCGCAUGUUGUUGACCCAAGGGCCCGAUGGGCUGCCCGACACUGUCAACGCCACCUUCGACGUCUUCACCCCGGAGACAUUCACCGUCAUCCUGGAUUUUAUCUACUCUGGCCAGCUGGACCUCUCUAGUCACAAUGUGAUUGAAAUCAUGUCUGCAGCCAGCUACCUGCAGAUGAACAGCGUCAUCAACUACUGUAAGAACUUCAUCAAGUCCUCUUUGGACAUCAGUGUGAAAGACGAGGACAGCGACCGCUGCCUCAGCUUGUCUGAGACGUGUUCAUUCGCCAGUGGUGCAGGAGACGAGUCCACAGAGCACCAGCAGCAAGGCCCCCACUCUGUCAGCCCACCACCUGCGCUCUGGACCCGCGACAACUCCAGAUCCCAGUCUGGUUUCUUGGGGAAAGACGGAGAGCAGGAAGUUUCUGCCUCUGCUAUUAAGACUGACCCCAGUAGCCCUGCCAACGAGUUCAAUGCAGAAAUGGAUGAUCGGCAGGACCCCCAGGACCCUCUGUACACAUUACCUGGAUCAGAGCGCCGGCGUGGAAGAGCAGGAGCGAACAAAAGGAGGGCGUCCAACAGCACUCGCUCCAGCCAGCCCGAAGACCUGGACAUUCAGGAGGCCAGAACUCAAAAGGCUGAAAAGGCAGAGGAGCUUUAUGCCACGCUACCACCAAUUGUUGGUGUCAUUAGCCACUUUAACAAAGAUUCCAACCCAAUUAUGCGUUUCAAAUGCCCCUUUUGUACACACACGGUGAAGAGGAAGGCCGACCUGAAGCGUCACCUGCGCUGUCACACCGGGGAGAGGCCAUAUCCAUGUCAAGCCUGCAAUAAGCGCUUUACUCGCCUAGAGCAUCUACGCAGCCAUUUUGAGACAAUCCAUCAAGCCAGGAAGCUGGUGUGCAGGAAGUGCAAAUGUCAGGUGACCGAGGAGACUGGGCACGUGGUUUGUGAGGGCACGCGCCGCUACCGCAUGUGCACCGCCUGCAUUCAGGAAGUAGGCUGUGAUGACAUCCCCAUGGACAGUCUGCAGGCGCCCAGUGAUGAGCCAGCCCUGUUACUAGGCGUGGACGGUGAGGAGGAGGGGGAAACCAAGAGGAACUGGAUGGCGAAUGAUGACGACGACCUGGCUGAAGACUCGGGGGCAGACCUCAUCAUCCAGCAGGUGGACGACAGCGAUGAUGAGUUGCAGUGA